GGCGCGCGGGGGGAUGCUGCGGCGAAGCGGUGGUCUCGGGCUGCGGAGCUGAGCCGCGCGGGCAUGGCGACCAGCCUUGCCGCCCGCGCUUGCAACGUGAACGUGCUCCCGUGCCUCUCCUACCUGGCACAGUUCUUCUCCCUCGCCCCCGAGAUCUGGCGGGUCGAGUUCACGAUGCCCCGCCGCCUUCUUCGCUUCCCGCCCUCGCCCAUGCGCACGGCGGACGCCCUGGCCAUGGGAGCGUGGCGCGGUUCUCCCGCGCCUGCGGGCGUGCCCCCGCGCUCUGCCGCCACCGCCCUCCGCGCGGCGGCCCGCGCUGCGCGCGGCUGGGCCCCUGCGCUGCGAUCAUUGCGCGAGACGGCGGUCGAGCACCCCCCGCUGCUUGACGAGCUGCCCGCCCCUGCCCCGCCUGCCCCCGUCGAGGCGGCCCGCCGAGCGAUGGCCGACGAGGAGCUGGCCGCCGCCGCUGCCGCCCCGCCCAGGAAGGUCAAGCGCCAGGCCGCGGCCAUGAGCGCCCUGGGGGAUGGCCUCUACGACGACCGCCUCGACCUCCUCAUCGGCCGCCGCCUGCGGCGCUGGGGCGUCGAGAUCCCCCCCGAGGAGCCGCGCGGCCGAUCGCUGGGGCCCCGAGCUGUUCUGCGUGACGCGCGCCCUUCAUGGCUGCGGUCGCGGCUCCGCGCGGCGGUCAACGGUUGGAUCACCUCGGGCAGGAUGCACGUCACCGCCCCGCGGCCGCGCAUCUUCGGCUGCGACGCCAAGGGCGACCUGGCGCUCUACACGAUUUGCGAGAAGCUCCGCAGCGCGGUCGCAGCCCCUGCGGAGCCGAGUGAGUUGAAGGAUGGAAUU